AUGAGCUCUAAUCCAAGUUCACCUCCAACUCCAUAUAAGAAUGGAUCCAUACUUUUAAAUAGUUACACCAUUAAGGACAUCCUUAGACAAUCACCUAACAAGAAAAUUGACCUCUAUGCCAAGAUAAUUGCCAUUUCUGAAGCAUAAUAAUGUGAUACAAAAUAUGGGCCACAAUUCACCAAAAAUAUUUGUCUCUCAGACGGUACUGAUAUCAUUUGGGCAUCCUUACAAUAGAAACUUUUAAAUCAGCAUUAGAACGAUUUUAUUCUAGAAAAUCAGAUAGUAUUAAGAAACAUGAUCAUCGAAGAGUAGGAAGGAGUAGUUUAAUUAAUUGAUGACAUUUGGACUUCAGUGUAGACUCCUGAGUCAGUGGAAAUUAAUUACUUCACUUUAUGAAAUUCUUUAUAAAUUUUUUAUAUAGAUACUUCACUUUAUGAUUAUUAUUUUUAA